UAUAUUUCUGUGAGUUUCAAGAUUUUCUUUUUAAACAGUGUUACACUGAGACGAUUAAAAUUAUUUCACUUUGUUAAACAGAUUGAGAAGGCUUUAUUAAAAUGUCUGACGAUAAUCUUGCGGGAUAUGAAGAAAGCAUCAGCGCUAUACGUUUUAUAGCUAGAAUCAAUGGAUUAUGGCCCUUUGAUAAAGGAGCACGUCAAUAUCAAUGUGCCGUUCCUGCAUGUUUAAUAAUUUUUUUUAUCAUAAUUCCGCAAACCACCAAAGCUAUUUAUUCUCGGAAUGAUUUGGACACCGUUGUAGAGGUUCUUUCAACGUGUGAACUUAUCGAAAUUGUUGUAUUACUGAAGUUGUUUGGUUUAUUGUAUAACAAACGAGAUUUUCAAAAAUUGUUAACACAAGUAGAAGAUGAUUGGAAAAUUUCAUUCGAAUAUGAACAAAAAAUCAUGUGGAGCAAUGCAAGAUUCAGUAAAUUAGCGGCAAUUUUUUGUGUCAUUGCCACAGCUGGUUCCGUUAUUUUACAUUCUUUUUUAUUUUUACUCUCAGUUAAUUCUAUAAAUAAAUCAGAAUACAAUAACUCAACACCAGUUAUUUAUCAGUUGUUUAUCAAAUCUCAUUUUCCAUUUGAAACUCAAAAUAGUCCAAUUUAUGAAAUCAUAUGCUUCAGCCAAUUUUCUGCCGCUUUUCUCAGUACCUUCGUUUUUUCUACAUUUGAUGGAUACUUUUUCUUGUCAAUACUUCAUUUUAGUGGACAGUUGUACAAUUUAAAAUAUAACGUUUAUAAUUUGAUAACUCAGGACUCGAUUCAGAACAAAUCAUUUACUAGAAAACUGGCUGUUGUUGUUUGUAGACAUCGUCAUAUAAUGAGCUACAUUGACCUAAUUGAAAAUAAUUUCAAUUUAAUAUUUCUUUUACAAAUAUUUUCAUCCACUGUUGUUCUUUGUAUGCAAGGAUACCAAUUCGUAUUGAUCAUUUCUCAGGGCACAAGACUGUUCACCAGUAUUGUAUUCAUAAUAUUUUUCAUGUGUUCAUCGAUCAUAAGUAUAUUUGUAUAUUGUUACAUCGCCGAAAUUAUUCGGACGGAGAGCGACAAUUUACUAUAUGCUGUUUAUGAAAUUGAUUGGAUAAACUUAAAAUCUCGAGAUGCAAAUUUACUUCUAAUUUUUAUGAGCCGACUAAUUUUGCCUGUAAAAAUAACAGUUGGAAAAUUAGUACCUUUUUCACUUGAAUAUUUCACGACGGUAAUGAAAACAUCUGCUGGUUAUUUGUCCGUAUUAUUAGCUGUUGCCAAAGAUUGAUCAUAAAAACUUUAAAUGAAAAUUAUGUAGAUCUUGAUCGUUUGUUGCAAUAUUAAUUAAAAACCCACGUUUUAUGCAAAAAUUGGGUAUUAGUUCACAGUUACAUAAUAUCACACUAUU